AUGAGUACACUUGAUCAACCUCCGCCCAAGCGCAAACGUCUUAGCUAUGCGUGUAACUAUUGCCGCGAGAAGAAGACCCGCUGCGACGAGGAGCAACCCUGUCGUAAUUGUCGUCUUGCUGACAUGGAAUGUGUCACCACAGAUAAAAGACGGGAUGGAAUGCGGGUUGAGAAUCGUCGCAGAAAACAAUCGCACGGUCGGUCCCAGUCGGGGACGCUGCUAAGGGCUCAGCUCCAACUGUCUGGUGUAGCACCAUCGCCAGCACAGAGCCAGACACCGAGAACCCCGGAAUCGCAUGCUUCGUCGGUGGUUCCUACAACCCACGAAAGACCUCGGAUCUGGUCGCAAUGCUGGGGACCGGAGGGGUGGAAGACGGGUCGUCUUCCCAUGAUGCCUCGUUUUGUUGGAUCCAGCGUGUUGGAGUUGAUGACUGCAUGGCUUGACAUGGCCUUUUACCGGAUAAGAGGCGCUCAAGCUCGUGCGGUCUCUCCGCUCUUGAAUCAGUCAUUUGCAUCGGUCAUUCUUGAUCAGCCUCCCGAGCUGCCAGAUGAAACUUUGAUGCAGGUCUGUGUUGAAAAUUAUUGGAUUACACUUCAUCAGAUCUUCCCAUUCCUGGACCGGAAUACUGUGGAGCCAAUAUUCAAUGCGGGCAUGGAAACGAACGUGUAUUCAAACCACUCUUCGAAUGCGCCAUCUCGAGCCCUGAAGUAUCUUAUCGUAAUGACAGGCAUGCUGACAAUUGCCCCGAGUGAAGCUACUAGAACACUCAUCUCGUCAUAUAUCAGCUACUGCAACUCACUGCUAGGACAUAUUGUGACUAAUCGUAGUCUGCAAUCAGUCCAGGUUAUUCUCCUCUUUUCAAUUGUUCUUCGGAGCUGUGACAAGAUUGCAUGGGCAUGGGAUAUCCUCACAAUGGGGGUCUCGUUAGCCCAAUCAAUUGGCAUUAAUCAGGGAUCCCAAUCACCACUUGAACAUUCAAACGAGCCCACGCCUGAGUUUCAGACAUGGUGGUGUAUCUAUGUGUUUGAGCGGGUACUAGCUUUGGAAUGCGGGCGUCCUUCUACUAUAUGGGACCGCCAACUAUCCGAGACUCUUGUAUCGCCGCUACAGACUAAUCCAGACAGUGGCACAGAUCCUCAAUUCCGGAACGUGCUGAUCAGCCUGGCCAAUAUGCUACAUGAGAUGCAAGAGCGCUCUGUGAGAGCAUGGAGGCGAGAAGAGUGGAUACCACAGUCUAUGGAGCAGUCCAUAGAGGACAAGCUGCAGACCGGAGGGGAACUGCAUGUUUUACUCUCUGAGUGGCAGGAUAGUCUACCGGCAGCAUACAGACCAGGAUCAACAUCCAAUCUAGCCUUUGAUAGUAGAUCACAAGCGUCAUUCCUUUCAUAUUAUUAUAAUUUGGGAUUACUCCUUGUCAAUAGAUCGACCCUUCUUGUGCCAAAAGACGAACUUCACGCAAUGGUCAAUAAAUACGCUGCUGGCAAGUCAUGGCAACAGCGCCUCCUUGCUGGGUCAGCACCGGUCAUUGAAGCCGCUCGUCAGAUGAUCAAGUUAUUUGUUGCAUCAGUCGAUUCAGGAACUCCAACAUACCUUACCGCUAUAACAUCUCCUCUUGCAGCCGUCUAUGUCUUGGCUAUACACAUUUAUCAAGAGCGCAGUUCACUGCUCAUUCGAUCGGAUUUCGAGUUGCUGAAAGUAGCUAUCCAAAUUACGAAAGAACACUACCACAAACACGGCACGGCAAGCAAUAUUGACGAUGUUCUGAUAGAUGUGGAGCGGAUCGCCUCUCGAUGCUUGGAGACCCCUUCAGGCAGUCAUAUCAACCCUCUUAGUCUGGUACCAGAUGAGAUUGUGAUGGGUGAUAUUUCUAUGGGAGAUACAAUGCCUACGCUGGAAGGGUCGGCUUGGGGUCUGUCGGCUUUGGAUUGGGCAGGAUGGGAUUGGAAUGAUUUAAGUCAUUUAUUUCAACACACAGAGUAA